AUGGACACCCAACGAGCUCCUGCAAUGUCUUUCCCUCUCUUUCCUCUCCUCUUCUCUCUAAUUUUGCUGCCCUUCUUUAGCGACGCUCAAACCAUCGUCGGAAAUAUAACAACCGGCGCUUCUCUUACCGCCGCCGAAAACAACUCCUCUUCUUGGAUUUCACCUUCGGGCGAUUUCGCCUUCGGUUUUCGCAAGUUAAACAACAGCCAAAACCUCUUCUUGCUCGCCAUUUGGUACGACAAAAUCCCAGAGAAAACUUUAGUUUGGUACGCCAACGGCGACAACCCGGCACCUCUUGGAUCGAAAUUACAACUUUACGCUGACAAAGGGCUUGUACUUAGUUCCCCACAAGGUGAACAGCUAUGGAGUUCGGAGAUCAGAGAUGGAGCUCUCGUUAAUGGCGGUUUGAUGGAUGGUAAUGGGAAUUUCAUGGUUUUAGGAAGCAAUUCCACGCUUUGGGAAAGCUUUAAAUUUCCAGUUGAUACUAUUUUGCCGACGCAGAUUUUGGAUAAAGGAAUGGUGGUUUCAGCUAAGCAAUCGGAGACCAGUUUUGCCAUGGGGAGAUCUCGAUUGGUGUUUCAAUCUGAUGGUAAUCUUGUUUUAACGACAAUAAACUUGCCCAGUGAACAUCUUAACGAGCCUUAUUAUGCUACUGGUACGGCUGCUGGUGCUUCAUCCAGUCCUGGUGUCCGGUUUGUUUUCAAUGAAUCAGGGUACUUGUUUGUUUCCCGAGAAAAUGGAGAAAUUUACCUUUUGACACAGAGAAUACCAGCCUCGGCUAAAGACUUUUAUUUCCGAGCAACCGUUGAUUUCGACGGCGUAUUUGCACUGUAUUCGCAUCCGAAAUCGGCUUCGAAUGGCAGUGAUGCGAAGUGGACUAGUGUUUGGUUCGUGCCGGAUAAUAUCUGCACGGCGAGUUUGGUCAGUGCGAGUAGUGGUGUGUGUGGUUUCAAUAGUAUUUGCAGUCUCGAUGAUGACGGAAGGCCGACUUGUGCGUGUCCGAAGGGAUAUUCGUUGAUCGAUCCGAACAACAAAUACGGCGACUGUAGACCGAAUUUUACUCUCAGCUGUGGUGAUGAACAACCAGGAGUACCUGCUGAAGACUUGUAUGACUUUGAAGUGCUUAUAAAUGUGGACUGGCCAUUAGCUGAUUAUGCACUCUUGGAGCCUUUUACUGAAAAUCAAUGCCGAAAUUCUUGCUUGCAUGAUUGUAUGUGCUCCGUUGCCAUCUUCAGGCUCGGCGAUAAGUGUUGGAAGAAGAAGCUGCCAUUGUCGAACGGACGAGUCGAUCCUGGUCUUGACGGAGGAAAAGCUCUUCUCAAAUUCCGGAAAGGCCCAUACAUUCCAUGUCAAAGAAAUAAGAACAAGAGAGAUGGAACUGUUUGA